ACAUACAUAUAAGUAAUUCAUUAAUUUUGUUGCAAUAUAUUCAUUAUUUAUGGGGAUACAUAUGCGCAUGCUAUGAAUACGUGCACACAAGCACACAUGCUGUUGCAUCAUGCAUUUUCCGAGAUGAAACAGCAUUAAGUCAUAAUAAAAGAAAGACAAUAUUCGGGAUUUACUUGGGAACGACUUGCGCUUGAAAAUAUUCCAUUUCGCGCUAUGCUAUUACUGUCAUGCGCCAUCGUUCCUCGCCGCUUGUUUCCACUUCUAUUAACUCCCUGAUAAUCAAGCAUUUCGCGAGCGGGCUUGCCUCAUUGAAAAUGCAACGAGACGCGGAGCCGAGCGAUCGUCGUAAAAAAAAAAAAAAAAAUAUCACUCCGGUCGACCUCGAGUCACACGACAGCUUUUCGAUGAGCUUGAACGCGAAUAAUCGAAAAGAAAUCGGCAUUUCACGCUAAUUAAUAAAGGAUAUAAGUUCGAUACAUCAGAUAAGAGCGAUACAUUUAGUAUCUGUAGCACAAAGACCGUCGUCUGUCUGUCGGUCUGGGAAAAAAAAUUAUUUAAAAAAAAGUCCAACGACAAUUGAAUUGCACGACAUUGGGAAAAUUUAUAAUAGUAUUUAGAGUAGUUAGUAUGUUAAGUCUCUCUUUAUAUAUAGAUAAUAAUAAUGAUUCCUAUGCAACACGAACUAUAUUAGUGAUGAAUGUAGAGAUGAAUGUGUACGUUUGAUCCUAAAACUGGUAGCGCUCGCUUUUAUCCGAACAUGAAGAUGUUUACUUUCGAAUUAACAAUUGUAUCACUUUCCAACCAGAAUAACGUGCAAUCAUUUGAAUCCCGACUUUGCAUACGCUAUUGUUCACACCGGGAUCGACGAUGAAUCAUUAAUUGGCGAUUCAGUACGUGGCGAAAGGAAAUCGUACGUCUGGAACACGGCGAGGUCGUAGGUGUUUCCACGAUUUAGCAAAUGGAAAAAGAUCAUUCGACAUGACUACAAUUCGAAUCGAUUUUAUUAUAAUCAAUAACUCUGUUAUUAUAAUUAAUAAAAAUUACCAUUAUCAUUAGCAUACCUCUAAAUUUAAGUGAGAUUACGAGAAUUGGAGAGAUUCGGCAUAUAUUAGUACUUAAUAAUUAAUAAAUACAAAUUAUUAAGUAACGCGACAGCGAGUAAGUUGGAAAUUAAGAAUCUCGACACAUAAUUCAUGAUUGGCGUGGUCCGAAUACGGACCUUAUGAAUAAUCGUGGACGGAUCAAACUGCGGAUCCAACUCGUUCUUCUGUGAAAUCUUUCGAUUUCAAGCGUUACAAAACGAAAGGGGGAAACACUGCUCGAAGGCCGCGAUUCCGUUUGUCGCGUAUAUAUAUGAAUACCGGCGUCGCGGCGUCAACGCGAUGGAGAUGACACGUAUUGGAAUAUGUUUUUUAGAAAAAGUAAGUCUCCAACAAUUAGGAGUGGGAGGAGGGGGCCAAGGGAUCGGCCAAGGGGUACUGGCGAUCGAGGAGACGGAAAAAGGAAGCGGCGGUACCGGUGGACAAUGGUGGAAGCAGCAGCAUCCAUCCUAUCAUCACCAUUAUCACCAACAUCAUCAUCAUCAACAACACUAUCAUCAUCAGGGCGGUUAUUACACGCAAUCGCAUACUCACAACCCUGUCACUACCAUGAAGCAAUCCUACAUGCAGCUAACAUGGGUGUUUCACGAUGACGAGGCGCAGAUUAACAAGAAACUGCCAAAGAAUUUGAUUGACAGAAUUUUUUCGUAUCUCGAUGUCGUAUCGCUAUGCCGUUGUGCCCAAGUAAGCAAGGCCUGGAACGUAUUGGCGCUCGAUGGGUCCAAUUGGCAGAGGAUCGAUCUCUUCGAUUUUCAACGAGACGUGGAGGGACCAGUAAUAGAAAAUAUUUCGAGGCGUUGCGGCGGAUUUCUCAGGCAGCUCUCGCUCAAGGGAUGCCAGAGCAUCGGCAACAACUCCAUGCGCACUUUAGCCCAGUCGUGUCCUAAUAUCGAGGAACUCAAUUUGAGUCAAUGCAAGAGGAUCUCGGAUGCGACAUGCGCGGCUCUCAGCAGUCAUUGUCCCAAGCUCCAGCGACUGAAUCUGGACUCCUGUCCCGAGAUAACGGACAUGUCCCUGAAGGAUCUCGCGGCCGGUUGCCCUCUGCUCACUCACAUCAAUCUCUCGUGGUGUGAGUUGCUCACCGACAAUGGGGUCGACGCGCUCGCCAAGGGUUGCCCGGAACUCCGCAGCUUCCUAAGCAAGGGAUGCCGUCAGCUGACGGAUAAGGCCGUCAUGUGCUUAGCGCGCUACUGUCCUAAUCUCGAAGCGAUCAAUCUACACGAAUGCAGGAAUAUAACGGACGACGGAGUCAGAGAACUUAGCGAACGGUGUCCACGGCUGCAUUACGUUUGCCUGUCGAAUUGCCCCAAUUUAACGGACGCGACGUUGAUUAGCCUGGCACAACACUGUCCACUCCUCAAUGUACUCGAGUGCGUCGCAUGCACCCAUUUCACGGAUACGGGUUUUCAGGCUCUCGCGAGAAACUGCAAACUACUCGAGAAGAUGGAUCUGGAAGAGUGCCUUUUAAUCACCGACGCCACCCUCACUCAUCUGGCAAUGGGUUGUCCGAGAUUGGAGAAACUAAGUCUGUCACACUGCGAGUUGAUCACCGACGAAGGCCUCCGACAGAUCGCGUUGUCGCCAUGCGCGGCGGAACACCUAGCCGUCUUAGAACUGGACAACUGCCCGAACAUCUCGGACAACGGUCUGAACCACCUGAUGCAGGCCUGUCACAAUCUUGAGCGUAUCGAACUAUACGACUGCCUACACAUUACCAGAGAGGGCAUACGUAAACUCAGAGCCCAUCUACCGAACUUAAAGGUGCACGCGUAUUUCGCACCGCCGACUCCGCCACCCAGCGCGGGAGCCUCGCGACAACGAUACUGUCGGUGCUGCGUCAUUCUGUGAUUUUGCCUUCAACUUCUAACUUCGAAGUAAAAAUCGUCCGAUAUACACACACACCCACGGGAUUAUAGUGGACCUUUAUCAAUGGUCGCUACCCGCGGCGAUUAUGGGACCUCUCUUUCUCGUGAUUACCGGAGAAGCGCUCUGGUUGCCCAUCACACGUUGAUAAGUGAGAACGGGAACUCGUUGUCAAUUGCAAAUCGUUAAAGCGAUUCAAGCUGUACAUGCAACGAGUGAAGUAACAUCACCAUCAUCAACACAGCCACUGAUGCUACUACUGCAAUUACCACUAUGACCGCUGCUACUGCUGCUGCUGCUAUUACUAUAACUACUAUUACUACUACUACUACCGCUGUUACUACUACACUUAUUGUUAUUAUUAUUAUUUCUAUUUGUACUCCGUUAUCUCGAUAAUAAGUGCAUCGCCACUAUCCCAGUUAUAUUGUGUGCGGGAAGUUAGUCUGCAAAGGAAAGAAAUUCUCAGGUUUCCUUAGCAAUAUUAUCGUUUCUAUGAUCUUCAUUUAGCGCGUGUGGCAUUUCUCUCCGCGGCGGGAAGUGACGUGCUCGCGCGUUUUCCAAGCUCCUCGCAAUACAUAUGGAGCGGCGUAUUUAAACGCGAGCGUACGAGCUUAUUUUGAUUAGCGUUCGGACGCGUAUUUUCCUAGCGCUACGCGAACAAAGUUUAUCGAUUUACGUUGCUCGAUAAACACGAGAUACUUAUUUUAAGAUACGCGUAAAUGUCUUAUAAAUAUCUUAAUGAGCAUCCGCGCGCGUACUAUCGAUGGGGCGUGGAAGAAAACGGUAGUUUUAGGGGCAAUACGGAAUCAAGCGUAAUAAUGUGUGCAAUUGUAUCCAGAAGUCGAAUUUCACACACACAUUUCGACGACACACAUUUCGUAAUCGUAGCAGUUUCUCAACGAACACUGCCUAUAACGUUAUUGAUAAAUGAGAAAAAAAGAAGAAAAAAGGAAAAAAAUAAAUACGAUAUAGCGACCGCGAAUCGAAUCUCGUUGUAAUAUUUAGGAUAUUACUAUUGUUUUAUCGUAUAACAUAGACAUAAACGUACCGAAUAUAACGUACCGAAAAAGUACGGUUCGGUGAAAGUGUUUCUUCUCGGUGUCUGUUUAAAAGUAUUAACGGAUCGCGCGUACGUGAUUACCGAACGACACCUACGAAUUUCUUUCCUUUCGUAAAAAAAGAAAAAGAUGCAGAAGAAAAAAGAAAAAAAGAAGAAAUAGAAAGAAAGAAUAAAAAGAAGAAAUCUUUCGCAUUAAGGGCGCACAAUUCAACUUUUAACGACAAACUUUCAACGUAUUGUGAUCGUGGACACUCGAGAACAUGAGGAGGAUCGCUCGAGUAUUUGAAGACUCUACCGCCACUGGCGCAACUUACAGCGGUGGCGCAUGAAAGAUGCAUUUUACAUUCGAUUCGCGGGCAAACGGUGUUUACGCCCGUGCAUCGUACCCUCGAGUCCCGUGUAAACGUAAACCACUUCUCCUUGACAGCCCGGACGUCUAUUCUACUAUUUCUUUUCUCUGUUUUAUUACUUGUCUUUUUUUUUAUAACUUGUCAUGGACUAGGAGAGCACAGACUGACAAACGAAUCAAAGCGUUAAUGUGUUACACCGAUUAACUUCGUGCUGGCGGCGAACAUCGCUGGCAAGUUUUUACUUUUUAAGCCUAGGUUUAAAAAUGGAAUGGCGGCAGUAUCAUGAAGCCACGGGUGUAUCGCGAAGAAUGAUGGAUCGGCGAUCUCCGCGUGCGAUCUUCGCCAAUUGAUCCUGGAUACUCCGUGACUACAGUGACAAUGUGCCCGAUGGUGAAGAACAAACAGAUAAACAGAAAAGACGUUUAAUCUUCGACCCAGUGCUUGUAAAGUCCCGAUCAUAAGAUCGGCGCAAUCCUUCAAUUAAAUCACGAUAUUGUUUGAUGAAGCGACCGAUUCGCUGCAGAAUCUUUGUAGGUGCAUUGAGCGCCGCAAGAAGAGAGACGAGCAGUUCAUUACAAGAUGUGAAAUAUCAAAACCUGGCUUUCCGAAGCCAGAAAAUAUACCGCGGGAAGACGAGCAACCCCUAUAUACGUGGAUUACGAUUUUCCAUUUAAUUGUACGAAAAAAUUCCACAACGUAGUUUCUCCGAAAGUUUUCACGAUGAAACUUUACGGCGGAUUUGGGUUUUCGAAUCGACAAAAUUUAUUUUGAAUAUAAAAGACGCUAUACACAUACAUACAUACGUGCAUACACACAUACAUACACACAACUAAUACAUAUAUUGGCUAUAUUUUUAGAAGCGUACCCUUGCCAGAUUUUUACUAAAGGAGUCGAGGACGCAUUUUGAACGCGUUUUAAUGGCUGGUCGAAGACCAAAACGCGAAAUUUUUAAGCGGUCCAGUUUCGAAGUGCAAUAUCCGUCAGACGCGAAACGCGCCUUGUUUCCUUCCUCUGUCUUUGAUUCGUGAUUCGUAAAACCUGGUUAGUAUUGCGACACGGCGCGUCGUCGCAUUAAGCAAAAGAAGGGAGGAAAAAGAAACACGAAGUAUCGAUUGUUAAUCCUUUGGUAGCGUGUAAGAGACAUACCGCGUAUAUAUUGAAGUAUAGCGUGUAACACAGACAUAACGGAUGCGGCAACCUAGAUAUAUGAUACAACAGUAAAUAAAUAUAUAGAUAAGAUAUGUUU